GACAGACACAGUAGAAGUAAUGGGACAUGAGCUAGUAGCCGGUUCUCUUCUAGUAUGAUGUCUCAGUGGUGCCUCUCCUGUUUCCUCCUACUUCUGUCCCUGUGUCUCCCCGUGUGGCCCUAUCCUAAUGGUAAAGUGACCCAAUCCUGCACCAGCCUGGAACCCUACCACCACAGCCAGGGUCAGAGCAGCCCCAGCCCCUACCUUCUCCAAGCCAAUGCGUCCAGUUUCAGCCCAGGGGACCACGUGGAAGUGACUCUGUCAGGGCAAGUCUUCAAGGGCUUUCUCCUCCAGGCGCGGGACCCUACCCAAAGUGUUCCCUCUGCUGUCGGCUCCUUCAGCCUCACGGACCCCCGCUCUACCCAGCUGCUCACCUGCAACAAGCACCAGGGCUCCGCGGUUAGCCACACCAGUAAGUCCCACAAGAGUCUGGUCCGAGUGAUCUGGAGAGUCCCUAAUGUUGCCCCAGCACAAGUCCAGUUCUUUGUCACUGUUGUCUCUCACUAUGACAAAUACUGGGUAAAAGUCCCUGGACCAAUCAUCACUCUGCAUGGUGUGACACCCCGCCCCCCUGUGCCAACGCCCUCCUCAGCUCCGACUCCAAAACCCACCUCCUCUGUUCUGCCUGGACAAUUCAGCUCAGAGGGGUGUGGUCUGUCUAAAUCCUGCCUCCUAGACCCGCCCGGCUGUGACCCCUCCCACCACCCUGACUGUUUCUACUUGUCCGCCACCACCCAAGGGCCUCCAGAGCAACAGUCCGUAGUGUUUGAGCUGAGUGGGCCUUCGAAGGGGUACAUCGCAUUUGCCCUCUCCCGGGACACGUGGAUGGGCGACGAUGACGUGUACCUGUGUCUGAAUGAAUACGGCCGAGUGUCUGUGGAGGCGGCCAUCUUGAGAGGACGAACACCCCCAAAGGAAAGCACUCAGUCAGGUCUGCACUCUGUCUCCUGGAGGAUCACCGAUGGAAUCAUCCAAUGCCGCUUCAGUCGCCCUGUCAAACCGACCAAUCAGGACUCUGAUCGCUUUGAUCUGGAGCAGGAGUACUUCCUGUUUGUGGCUAAUGGACCCGCCUACCAAGGGAGCAUUGGGAAACACAGCCAGCAGCCCUUGGUGUCAGAGGGCAGAGUCCGUCUGACCGGGACUCCCAUCACACUUCGAGGCAGUCGCGGGCCCACCCUCCUCAAGGUGCAUGGAGCCCUGAUGCUGUUGGCCUGGAUGCUAACAGGCAGUAUCGGCACAUUUAUAGCCAGUUUCUAUAAGAACGAAUGGGCCUCUCAUACACUGUGUGGGCAGAAGAUAUGGUUCCAGGUUCACCGGGGACUCAUGAUGCUGACGGUAGCUCUGACUGCAGUGGGGUUCUGUCUGCCGUUUGUCUACAGAAGAGGAUGGAGCACGCCUGCCGGGGUCCACCCAUACCUAGGCUGUUGUGUCUUGGCCCUGUCCCUACUCCAGCCAAUCACAGCCUGUGCCAGACCUCCCCCCGACUCUCCCAGGAGGUACAUCUUUAACUGGCUGCACUGGGGUGUGGGGACGCUCACUGAGGUUAUGGCAGUGGCGACCAUGUUCCUCGGAGUUGGCCAAUCGUCUUUGCCACUGCCAUCGUCGUUAGCAACCCACAUCCUGAUUGGCUACGCAUCCUGGUGGAUGGGGUUCAGGCUCCUCCUCUUCAUUCAUAAACACUUCUACAUGACUAAAUUUCAAGCAGAGGACCAAUGUGGCAUUCUGUCUGACCAAUCAGGAGGCAGAAUCAAGACAUCCUGGUUCAAGUCCCUGGUGCUGCCCGUGGUGGUAUUGGGGAACCUGGGUCUCCUGUCUGCACUGCUCUCCUCUGUCACCCAACUAUGAAGACACCAAGAGAAGACGGCUCAGUUUGUGUCAAUAUAAUUUAUUUAGAUGCUAUGAAUAACUGAUUUGCACUUCAGUUGUUCAUAGUUAUUCAUGCUAGAAAUGUUGUUAAUAUAUUUAGUGUUUUGCUUUGUAUGUAAAAUAUGAAUAAUAACGCCAAAGAAAAUUCUAAGAGUACUAAUUUGGACAUAUCUAUUUGAAAUUGUAUUUUAUGCAGGGGGAAUAACAAAUUAACUAAAUACUCACUACUGUAAUUGAGUAGGUUUACAUGACUACAACACACGUCUCAAAUCUGUUAAAUUGAUAUAAAAUACUGAUCUAAAAUGACACUAAAAAGCUGUUAAAAAAAUAACUAGUAACAAGUAACUAGUAAUAAGUACUCUUGAGUAGUAUUUUUCAUGUGUACCGUUUACUUUUACUUAAGUACAAUUUUGGAAGCAGUACUUGUAAUUGAGCACAUUUUUAGCCACAUGACUGUACUUUUACUUGAGUACAAAUUUGCAGUACUCUUUCCAUUACUGAUUUUGUGCUAUGAAUAAUGACCAAUGAUGGAAGGAGUAACUAAUUAAAAGUACUGAUACAGGAGCAAAAAGAUCAUUCCAUGAGAAGUAUCGAGGUCAUUUAAAGCAUCAAAUGUAGCUGUUUUUUGUUCACCAGAAAUAAUUGAUCUCCAAAUUUUUUGUUGUAUGUUUUUUUUUUUUUUUUUGUCAUGCUAUGAACAUGCUAAAAAUAAAGCCAUUUCAGCAGAAACGUUAAAAAAUAUAGUAGAGUAGAAAGUAUACACUGUAAAAUGUACUUAAAGAUGGUGUAUUUUACUUAUAUGGGGUAUUAACUGCUAACACAUAACAUAUUUAGAUCACCAUGUUACAUUUGUAUUGUUUUGGAAAUCCUAUAUUUGAUGAAAACAAAGUAUUAGCAUGUUUUUACAGGUUUCACUUUCAUUUUUGAUGCUCUGAGCGCUUUUACAUUACAAUCAGCCUGUAUCCCACUAAUGAAGCUACUGCACAUCGCAUCAGGUUUGUCAAGAUGAAUACUGGUAGGCUUGAUUUGAACUCUGUCAUUGCAUAUUGCCUGGCAGAUAAAAUGCAUGUUUGGAUCACAUUCAAUACAUAAUAUAUCUCGACUGAAUUCAUGUUUUAAAGUAGCGACUCUGAAUGCUCUGUGCCAUGGGACUACCAUAUGGUAUUAUUCCAGUAGGAUUUCCAGUGUUUGUUGUCAUUGGCAACAGAGUGAGAUUCCUGAACAUAGACAAAAUCUGAUUUCUAAUGUACAAUUUGACUUAUUUUAAUAGAUUAUAAUGGGGAUGGGGAUUAUGGGUGAAUGUGAAUGACUUUGCAUUAAAGUGUGUUUGCAUUGAUGUCCCUCACUAAACACAAGGCACAGUUAUUCUUCGCUCAUGUAGUCCUCACCUUGUCCUGGUGCAGACCUCCUGAAAAUGAUAUAAAGUGAUUAAAAAAAAGAUGAUUCCAUGUUAUAGAGCAAAUGUGUCAAACUCAAGGCCCGGGGGCCAAAUGCGGCCCGCCACAUCAUUUUAUGUGGCCCGCAAGAAGAUAAAUUAAAAGGCAUUUUAAAAUAAGUCUAUACUGCUUUAAUGUGUGCACUGACAAUAAACUAAUGAGAUUUUCCCAGCAAGUGGAACUGAGAAAUAUUUGCAAAUAAUCAUCACAAAAUGUUCAUGAAGAAGAAAAUUGUUGUUAGGAAGAAAGGUGAAUACAAGUUUGUGCUUUGAGGAG